UCCAUACAAACAUUGUUCUCAGAAGGAAAACCCCGGUCGAACUGAACGCACGUACGUUGGCAGCGCUCCGUGUUUUACUGUGAAUUUUACCGUGCAUUUGUGACUGUGUGUACGCGUGUGUUGUGUUGCCGGCAUUUUGGUGCAGUAAAAUCACGAAGCAAUUUGUGUAAUACAAUCCCAAAGUUUUCCCGUUGUGUGUCUGCAAGUUUUGAACCAAUCAUGCCAGUUCCGGAGCUCCAGAAACCCGCACCCGCCUUCAAGGGUACCGCCGUCGUGAACGGAGAGUUUAAAGAAAUCAGCCUGUCCGACUACAAGGGCAAAUAUGUGGUGCUGUUCUUCUAUCCGCUCGACUUUACCUUCGUCUGUCCGACCGAAAUCGUCGCGUUCUCGGAUCGCGUCAAAGAUUUCCAGGCGAAACAGUGCGAGGUGAUCGCCUGCUCGACCGAUAGCCACUUUACGCAUCUGGCCUGGAUCAAUACGCCGCGCAAGCAGGGUGGUUUGGGCGAGCUGAACAUUCCACUGCUCGCGGACAAAUCGAUGAAGAUCGCACGGGACUACGGUGUGCUGCAGGAAGAGUCCGGCGUACCAUUCCGCGGUCUGUUCAUCAUCGACGAUAAGGGCAAUCUGCGGCAGGUGACGGUAAACGAUCUGCCGGUCGGACGCAGCGUUGACGAGACGUUGCGCCUGGUGGAAGCGUUCCGCUACACCGAUACGUACGGUGAGGUAUGCCCGGCCAACUGGAAGCCUGGCAGCAAAACGAUGGUUGCCGAUCCGACCAAAUCGAAGGAAUAUUUCAAUGCUGUUAACUAAGGGCAAGAGCAUUGAGGGUUUUUUUCUCUCCUUCUUCUAAGAGUGCGCGGUUGAUCUCUGCUAGCCAGAAGAGUCUCUUCCCCAUAUCGUCUGUACGAAUUAGCGACAGAAAUACAAUAAGAAUCUUUGGAACGGCUGACAGUUUUCCAGCGGUGAUAGCCAGAUCUUUUUAAAAGAGAGCUCAGUAAUUUAAAACAAAAACCCCCAACACUUUAAUUUUAUGUGGAACAAACGCUCUUUUAGAAACACCGUACCCACAAUAAAACAUUCUCCAGGUUGAACUUGAAACGAAAGCCCGGCGAAACAGGCGAUAAUAAUAUACACAAAAAGCUGUGAAAACGAACAGAAGUUUAGAUGGUAAAAAAUAUCGUACGACUGUACCCCCCCAUCCCAUGAGCUGAGAGCAAUAAAAUGGAAUAAUAAAGUAUUGAUUUUUU